UAAGCAGCGAGGUUCUUUAUAAGCAGCAAGCGGCGCCUGGCGUUCACAUAGGAGCUGACAGACUGCACGACGUCCUCCAGCUCCGCUUCCGUCCCGCGUCACAGAGCCCGGGCUCCCCGCAUCUAGGAGGUGGCGACAAGACCCCCGACUGCAGCCGUGCUGUCCGCUCCCCACAUUGGUCACCAUCGAGCCCCGGGCAGGACAAUGCUGGCCAUAAGCUCAUGGAUUGUAUUGCUGAUCUACAUGGCUCCACGCAUCUUUGCCCAAAAUUGCCAUCUAAACAUUUCAGAUGCCCACUACAUGUUAAUUGACGAAAUGAUAAGUACCCAAGCAAAUCUUUGUAAAAUCCCUGUAAAAAUCCUAAAUAGAAAUGUGACAGAUACGUGUGACUUCUGGGCCCUGGUACAUGAGGUAGAUGGCCUCUUGAAAAAAUUUAUUUUCACCCCAAAUACAGCAAAUUUUAACAGGACAUAUGACUUGAAACAAAUUUACUACGGCUGUUUGAAUCAGAUCCAAAGUGAUGAAAAGAAAGCGCUUGAUAUUUACCUCCAAACCAGCGAUAUGACUGCUACGGAGAUUUUGACAAAAGUAAAGGACUCUUUAAAAAAACUGAAAGUGUUAAAGGCCUCUGACUUAAAUGAGGACUGUAUAUCUUAUUAUGAAACACACGGACAGCAUAAUAAUGAUGUUCUUAAAGGUCCUCAUUGUACAUGCCCUUCCCCAACACCAUCUAUUUCCUCCAGUGAAGCUUCUCAGACAUCUCUAAGUUACUUAUCAGAACUUGCAAGCAGCACACAUACAAGUUAUUUCUUAGAUACCAGUUCCUUGGCAGAGGGCAUGAGUGGCAGUUAUCCUGAGAAACCGAUGAGUCCUCAGAAGAACUCACAGGGGUUAGAUUCUUCACCAUUCAUCUCUACAAAGACACCAAGUGAUUUAAAACCUCUGUUCACCACCUUGGUGCAUUCAUACACUGGUGCCAAAGAACAGUCUGGGGCUUAUACAAACUCUCCCCUCACCAAUUCAGAUUUUACAGUGCAUAGCACCGAAUUUACAAAAGGUUUACACGAACCAUCAUAUGUUAGCCUGAAUCCAUCUCAAACUAGAACAGAUUCUGAGCAAGUCAGUACAUCAACGUCAGAUGCAACGUCAGAGGGUACGUAUGGAUUCUCUAUUGCCACGGAACCUAAUGAAAGACAGGACAGAACUGCAAUGAGUGAAUUUGGUUCACAAAAACCUAAGGGGUCUGUGUUUCAAACCUUUCUUCCUCUGCCCAGCAAGGAAACUAGCAUUGAAACCUCUUCCAUCUCUGUGACCAAAAUACGUAGAUCUCUUGCAAAUAUGGAUGACAUUUCCACUGCAGCUGUGACAACUGAGCCAGUCUCUAGCUUAUCCGCUAGUGCCAAUGAUCCAAACCUCCCCUUUCAAAAUUCUGUGCACACAAACAUCCCAUCUAGUGAAAUGGGAUUGUUAAACACUGAAGCUCCUGAAUUCGUGUCACAGGGAAAAGUCACAAUGGACAGAAACCUUGGCUGGGCUUCCUCCUAUUUUUCCUCUACUAUGUUGACUACUGAAACAGAACUAUCUAUGUCCUCUUCUACGCCUGGAGGCAAGCUUCUUCUAUCAGACAUUAUACCUAGUCCAGUGUUAAAUGCUCAGACAUCAUACAAUAAUCUUUCACAGCAAGAAAGAGACAUAGCAAUAGAUGACAGGCAAAACAGUUCUUCAUAUCCCACCCAAGGAUCUAAUAAGCUCCCUCUCAUUGCAACAGCAGAAGAAAGAAAUGAAAAACUCAGUCAAAGCAACCUACAUGUGAUCAUCAUUGCAUUCCUUGUGGUGUUAGUGUUACUGCUGCUAUGCGGAUUUCUCUAUUACCGGCAUCAAUAUAGGGUUUUAAAAAGAAGAUUAAGUAUAAAUUGUGACGUUAAUCUUACCAGAAAUCCUGGAGCAGUGUUACCUGAAGAGAGGGUGCAAUUACACAUAAUUGAGUGCGACGUAGUGUAAAUGGUUGCAUGGAAAUGCUUGAAAAGGCCUAUAUCGUUUUUUCAGGGCUGACGGACCACAGCUCUCUGGACAGUGCGGGAAGGAUGAAUACAUACAGUCAGUCCGUGUCAUGUGUUCUGUGUAUUAUCACAAGGGAGGAUCCCUUAAGAAGAAAAAUACUUGAUGUAUCGUGUCCGUCCGAGGGACUUGCCUUUCCAUGUGAAUACUGUCUGUUUUACGAAAGGACAUAUUUAUUUGGCACAGUCAUCCUACUGACCUACUGGAGGACAGCAAGCGCUUCCUAAGGGAAUUGUUUGGAAGUCUGUUUGCACAAAUAUAUUUUGAUGAAUUCCAUACAAGCAGCUAAUGUAUUGUGUAAGUAAGAAAAAGGCAGCCUUGCAUCUCUGUAAACCCCCCCC